AGGAGGUGGAGGGGCCGCCUAAGGAAGAGCUCGCUCGGUUGGCUCUGGCGGCCGGAAGAGGUGGGGCGAGCGGCGGCGAGCGCAGCGGGGCGGGCCUGUGAGGGGCUUCAAUGGCGGCGCUCGGCGCCGGGUCGCGCCUCUCGCUGUGACGGGCCGGAGGCCGCGGAAGCUGUUCCACAAUGGAUGGGGGAGAUGGUACUGCUGACCUUGUGAUUAACAAGAGGUUCGUGUCUGAAUCAGAGCUAGAGGAGCGGAGAAAGAGGAGGCAAGAGGAGUGGGAAAAGGUCCGGAAACCUGAGGAUCCAAAAGAAUGCCCAGAGGAGGUGUAUGACCCACGCUCCUUGUAUGAAAGGCUUCAGGAACAGAGAGAAAAGAAGCAGCAGGAGUUUGAGGAGCAAUUUAAAUUCAAAAACAUGGUGAGAGGCUUGGAUGAAGACGAGACACAUUUCCUUGAUGAGGUUUCUCGGCAGCAAGAGCUACUAGAAAAGCAACGAAGAGAAGAGGAGCUGAAAGAACUCAAUGAGUACAGAAGCACUCUCACCAAAGUGGGAGUCAGUAUGGACCCAAAGAAGGAAACUGAGAAGAAAUUGCCCAUGAAGUCAGUGGAAAACAAGAACAAAUUCUCUCAGGCAAAGCUGUUGGCAGGAGCUGUGAAACACAGAAGUUCAGAUGGUGGCAACAGCGUGAAGAGGUUGAAACUAGACACUGAUCAUGAUGAAAAGAAUCAAGCCACGGCGCCGUGCUCGGGCAGCAGCCCCGCGGGCCCGGCCGUGCACUGCCCCUCGGCAGCCGUGUGCAUCGGCAUCCUGCCCGGCCUCGGCGCCUACUCGGGCAGCAGCGACUCGGAGUCGAGCUCCGACAGCGAGGGCACCAUCAACUCCACGGGCAAGAUCGUCUCCUCCGUCUUCCGCGGCAACGGCUUCUUCGACGGGCCCUGAGCGGCGUCUGGCCGCGUCCCUGCCCUGCACACAGCCUCUCCCCGUGGCCUCUCGGCUCCACUACACUCUCAUCCUCCUGCAGUAACUCAUUCCAGCCCUUUGGGGUUGUCUUGUUUCCUUCCCUCCCUCUCCACCUGGCCCAGCCCAAAGCAGGGAUCCCCUCUGCUGGUGUGGAGCUGUGAGGGCAGGCAUUGAGAGCUUUAGCUUUUGAAGGUGAUGCGAAGCAAGAGUGAUCUGAGGAGCUGAUCCAAGAGCAACAGGCACCACCAACCCCUCCCCUGAAGCAGUGAAGCCUUGCAGAAGCAGCCAUGUGUUCUGGUUUCAAAUGUCAUUUUUAUCCUGGGUUUGAGAAAUGGGGGCAGAACAACAAUCAGGCAGAUGGUGAAGUGUAGAUUGCCAUGACACUGGAAGGAAGUUUUAGUGUGACAUGAUUAAAGACAUUCUGAAUGCA